AUGGACGAGUUACCACAUGUCGCCGUUUUCCGCGAUGAAGUGGCUUUUGUUGCUCGCAGGGGCUACCCUCGCUUUGAGCGCCGCGCCGCGGUCCAAGAGAAUCGCGACCUGUCCAUAGACCAGCACGAAAAUGGCGGGUUCGUACUUACCAUAACUGGGGAUAGGGGCGUGGAGCACUUAGGGCAUAUCGGACGCAAGGCUUCGAACGAUGACAGCGAAGUGAUCUUCGAGUUGAAAACGAGCUACGACCAGGAGAGAGGCGGCCAUCUCAUCUCCGUUCACUGGGACGGCCCACCGGACCGCGUCUUCGAGGACUGCUUCGAUUUCGGUGCCAAGCAAUGGUACGGCGGCCCUGAGCAGAAGGAGCAGUACUGGCCGAUCCAGAAGUCCAGAAUCCAGAAGUACUCCAUCAUAUCCAAAGAGGAAGACAACUCCGCCGUGUCGGAGCGCUACUGGCUCAACUCCGACGGCCACUACAUAUACGUGCACCCGGAGGUGCCCCUCUUCGUCGACCACCACAACGUGCUGGAGAACCACAUCUGCCUCGUGGCAGAAGUAGCCGCGCCUUACUCCAGCCGCAGGACCCACAACGUCCUCAAGUACGACAUCUGGCUUUUCGACGAUCCGAAAAUAGCCCACAUGCACGCCGUCGACACGUAUUUGGGGAAGCCGUCAGGCAUCCCCGAUUUCCGCAUGAUCCAGUACCCGGUGUGGUCUACUUGGGCGCGGUACUCCCGGGAAAUAGACCAGGACAGCCUCUGGGCAUUCGCCAACGAGAUCGCCGAUAGCGGCUUCCCGAACGCCCAGUUUGAAAUAGACGACCUAUGGGAGAUCUGCUACGGAUCCCUGACUGUCGACGAGCGAAAGUUGCCUGACCUGAAGCAGUUGGUCCAAGACAUCAAGGGUCUGGGCUUCCGCGUCACCAUCUGGGUGCACCCGUUUAUCAAUAAGGACUGCGAGCCGUGGUACUCUGAAGCCUUAGACAAAGGUUACCUGGUGCUGAACGAGGAGGGCAGUCCAGACACCACGUGGUGGAACAACAACGGCUCGGUGCCAGGAUACAUCGACUUCACCAGCCCCGCGGCGGCCGAGUGGUACUCCGCCAGGAUCGGGGACCUCGUCCGGGCCUACGACAUCGACAGCCUGAAGUUCGACGCCGGGGAGUCCAGCUGGUCGCCGCAGAUCCCGGUACAAAACGGAGACAUCGACCUCCACCCGGGCAACAUAGUGCGCGACUACGUGCGGACGGUCGCCGAAUUCGGGCCCAUGAUCGAGAUCCGAUCUGGAAUGAGGACCCAGGACCUGCCCGUGUUCGUCCGCAUGGUGGACAAGGACACGCUGUGGGGCUUCGACAACGGGCUGGCGACGCUGGUGACCACGCUGCUGGCCAUGAACCUGAACGGCUACCCGCUGGUGCUGCCCGACAUGAUCGGCGGCAACGGCUACAACGAGGCGCCCAGCAAGGAGCUGUUCGUGCGCUGGCUGCAGGCGAACGUGUUCAUGCCCACCCUGCAGUACUCCUUCGUGCCCUGGGACCACGACGCCGAGGCCGUGGAGAUAUGCCGAAAGUUCACUCAGCUGCAUGCGGACUUCGCUGAUUUGAUAGCUGAAGCGAUGCAAAAGGCAGUGGAGACCGGGGAACCAGUCAACCCUCCCAUCUGGUGGUUGGACCCUACGGACGAGGAGGCGCUUGCGGUGUGGGACGAGUUCCUGCUCGGGGGGAAGGUGCUGGCGGCGCCUGUUCUGGAGGAGGGCGCGGAGUCCCGUGACGUGUACUUGCCCAGGGGCAGGUGGCAGGCACCAGAUGGGACGCUCUACGAGGGCCCCACGUGGCUGCGCGACUACCCAGCGCCCCUGGACACCCUCCCCUACUUCUUGCUGCAGGAG